GUUAUAUUGGAGGUGUGCGGUGUAUAAGUAUUGCAUAUGGAGCCCUACUAACACACACAUGCAAUUCGGCAUCCUUAAAAAACACGUCCACGUAUCAGUCAUGAAGUUACUCGGUUUUAUUGUAAUGAUUUUAGCAACAGUAAGAGAUAUCACUGGACAGGAGUGGUAUGCGGCUGAGUCUCAGCCAUCUGAAUAUAGCUCCGCUGCUGCAAACAGAGGGCUAAAGACCUUCUGUUACUACAUUCGCCGGGUUGGAUGGCAACUACAAUACGCCUAUUACCCGGACGGCACGCCUUGUUUGUACCGGAUUUGGCCUCGAAAGGUUGGAUACUGCCUUCAUGGACGAUGCACAGCACAAGUAGCUCCUAUUGAAGUGCCAUGUGACGGCGUUUACCGUAGCCCAGGAUACGCUACAUCAUGUACUUACACCUGCACACAAGGCUACCGAAGCUUUAACAUGCCCUACCAUAAUGGAACGCCAUGUUUGAACAUAAAUAGCUACGGACGCCGAGUUGGAGCCGCUGGCCUCUGCAGUCAAGGAAUUUGCAAGUCCAUCUACGAUCCAACACCUGAAGAGGAUAAACUGACACAUCCACAAAGCCUUCUUAAAUGCCCAGAGAGGGAGCACACUGGCAGAAAUAUCCUAACGAGUUGCUACCACUAUUGCCAGCGGGAUGGCUUUUGGUUCACUGGUUAUUUUGACAGCAAGCCCUCAAGUGGAUGCAACCUGCGGAAUCCGACACCGGAACAACCACUUGGGUGGUGCUGUCGAGGCAACUGCAUUAAAAAGUACAAUUGUCUACAAUAAACCUGACAUCCCUCAAGAAUGCUUGAAGUCUGACUGCCAGUAAGACCUCUGGAGGACGGAACAGGAUAUUUCAGUUGUUCAAUAAAAGCACAUUAGCCAGCCUGUU